UUCCAGAACCAUGCCAAACAGCGAUGGGAAGUUCUACCCAUCGCUGUUAAAGCCUUGGUGCAACAUUACCACAAGGCAGAAUGCCCUUACCCAGCGAUGGGAAGCUUUACCCAUCGAUGGGAACCCAGCGAUGGGAAGGCUUAACCAUCGAUGUUUCAAGGUCACGACAACUACAACACAUGGAAUUUGCUCUUACCUGUCGCUCUGGUGGAGGAGCAAUAGUAUUGACCAGCAAAGUCAAGCAGAACGCAAGGUGAUUCCAGGGAUCAUAGCGCACGAAAUCUGGAAGGAGACCGAAACCCAAAUCAUCCAUAUGAUCUGGAAAAAGUUGCUGGAAUGGACAAUUGUAAAAGGAAAGAGUAGAAUCAGCGUCACUCACUCGUCUAUCCCACCAUUCAUUUCAUUACUGGCAAUUCACACCUUCCCCUGGACAAGCGCAAGGGAAGGGAUGAUACUUAGUACAGAUGUUGCGGUGAAAGAUGAUAUUAUGUGUGGCGGAGCAAUCCUACGCACAGGCACAGGAAGAUUCAUUGGAGCAAAGUUAGCAAUAAUCCAAGGAACAGAAAACAGUGAAGAAGGAGAAUUGGCUUCUGCACUAAUGGGCCUCAAAUGGGCUGUUAGUAUCACAACACAACCCAUCAACAUCCACUUAGACGCAAAAAAUGCGGUGAAACGAAUCACGGAGAAUAAACAGGAGGACCUUUUUAGUAACGAGAUUCAUCAGCUGCUGGCAAAAAAUAGAGGUCUAGCAAGACAUAUUUUCAAAGAGGAAAAUACGGCAGCUCACUCUCUCGCACGUUACACUCUCACAAAUAACUUGUUUCGAUCAUUCAAUGUAUUAGCACAGUUACCUCCAUCUGUUAGAGGGGCGAUCUAUAGUGGGCUAUCUAUCUCGGGUGUUAACGGGCCCCGGGAUAGUCACGAGAUGGCAUCGAACCACACGAAUAGUCAUUCCAUCAACCUGCGCUAUAUCCUUGAGAGCCCAAAACUCUUAGGGGAAAACUUUAUUGACUGGGAGUUAAAUCUUCGAAUCAUUCUUGAACUGGAGAGGAAGCUCUAUAUCCUUGAUAAAGAGCCUCCAAAUGCACUCGCGGCGAACGCACGCGCUGUCGAACUCGCUUCUUACCAGAAGUACGAGGACGACAAGCGUGACGUGAAGUGCAUCUUCCUAGAAAGCAUGAUCCCGGAGCCCCAAAGGCUCCACAAGGACAUGGAAGCGCGCCCCAUGAUGCAGCGCUUGAAAGACCUUUACCAAGGUCACGCUAGGCAUGAACGCUUCAAGAUCUCUAAGACUCUGUUUUCUAGCAAGCUGGCAUCGGGAUCUCCAGUAGGCCCAUUCGUUCUCAAGCUAAUAGGCAUGAUUGAAAUGCUUGAAAAACUCGAGGCCCCGUUGCACCCAUUUCUAGUAAUUGAUCUCAUUUUGGGAGCACUGCCAGUAGAACGCCUCAUGAAGUCUGGUAAGCUGGAUUCCAAAUUUGACAGGUGUAAAUUUGUGGGAUACCCCAAGGAAAUGAAAGGGUAUGAGUUAUAUCAUCCGACCGAUAACAAAAUCUUGGUUGCUCGGAAUGGAACCUUCUUUGAGAAGGAGUUUAUCUCUGCUAUUUCUAGUGGAAGAAAGGUAGAUCUCGAAGAAAUUCGAGAACCACAAGAAGAGAUCUCAAUAGCAGUGGAACCCGAGCGUCAAGCUUUUGUAUCUCGACCGGCUCAGGUUUUACCACGUAGGUCACACAGGAUGGGUAAUCCUCCGGUUAGAUACGGGUUCCUUGUAUCUGAUGAAGACUGCGGGUGGGUCCUCGUUCUGAUCGAGUUGCUAGCGGCGGCCAACGGAGACGGCUUCGACUUACUCCUCUUAGGCGGCGGCGCACUCGAAGAACCCUUCUCGUACCUCUUUCCCCCGAAUCCAAAACUCUUCCCGCUCAGCCCGGUACUGGUCGCGGGUCGCGGGUCUUUCGUCGCUCGAUCCUCCUUCUUGGUUGCCUACAAAUCGUCCAAGCUCUUUUCCGUCUUCGCAAUCAAAUCAUACGCCGCAUUAAAAUCUGUCGUCGUGAUCAGCGCGGCGUACGGCCUCAAGUCUGGCCGUUGCUUCUUGACGAACUCAUUCAAACGAUCCUCCGGAGUGGAGACCAGACUCAUCGCAUACUGGGACAGAAUGAGUCAAGAAUCUGCCCAAGGACAAGGCAACAAUAAUGAACACGUCAGUGUUCAUACUGAAGCAUCUAGCUUUACCCCUCCCGUCCAAAAUGAACCCGUCAAUCAUCAAAAUGUUGGGAAUAACCCGAACGCUGAUGGUCAACCCGACGUUGUGAUUCCCACAUUUCUGGCAAAUGUAUUACAACAGAUAGCCAACGCACCAAUGUUUCAACCACCUCCACCACCGCCACCGCGAGUAAUAACCUACAAAACAUUAAGGGAUAACGGUGCAGAAUUAUUCCUUGGGGAUCGCAUCGGUGAACCCCAAAUUGCAUGGGACUGGAUCAAGCAGACUGCUCGAGUGUUGGAGGAUCUUAACGUACCCAUUGGCAACUAUCCCCAACUGGCAUCUCAGCUCCUUCGCAAAGAAGCCUACGAGUGGUGGAAGAGGACCGAUGAGAGUGUAAGAACCCCUAAGCCAUGGACAUGGGCACAUUUCAAAUGGGCAUUCAAGCAAGAAUAUAUUCCAAAAAGUUUUAGCGAAGAAAGACGUAAAGAAUUUGUCGAAUUGCAACAGGGAGGCAUGACACUCCCCGAGUAUCGUCAGAAGUUUACCAGUCUUGCUAAGUUUGCACCAACCUUGGUGAGUACCCCAACUGAUCGCAUCGAGGAAUUCAGGAAGAAACUUCGACCUGACCUUAGGUCGCGUGUAUCCGUCUUAACCACCGUGGAUUUCGCGGAGGCCUAUGAUCUCAUAGCCAGGGCAGACAGCGACUUGAGUGCUUGCAUUGAGUAUCUGAAGACAAAUAAUGUCAGUUCAAGCACUCCCCGUCCCAUUAGCUCUAUCUCAAAAGGAAAAAGGCCCUUCCAGGAAUCUAGCAAUUCACACUUCUCAAAGAAGGGGAAAUCGGUGCAGACGCACUCUGUGGCGUCGGAAAACAAAUCAAGAGGGUGGAAACACCCAUUGUGCGAUACAUGUGGGAGACAUCAUCCAGGCGAGUGUUGGCUUGCACAAGGAUUAUGUCUAGGUUGCGGCAAACCUGGACAUUUUCGAAGGGAUUGCCCCACUCAUCCUGGCAAACCAUUUCCGACAGCCCCAGUUGUGAGCCAAUCAGCAUCAGCACGACCUGCGCCAAGUCAACGAUCAACGACGGGAUCUAAUCCGGCCAAGAACCAAAGUCAGCAACAGGGACGAGCUCCUGCUCGUACUUAUGCAAUGAAGGCACGAGCUGAGGAAAACCCUGACGUCAUUCAGGGCUGACGUAAUGAAAGAAAACUUAGAACAACCU